UUCCACUGCUGUCCACUAGGGAGCGAGCUAACUCUGAGAAGUGGCGGAGCGGCCGGAAUUAUUCGCGUGAAACUACCGCCCCCCUCCAAACGCCUACACCCACUUCCGUCGUGUUUGGCUCGCUCGCUUACGGCAAGCAGGCCGGGAGGGCUGGACUAUCUGUAACGCCUGUCGUCGGAGAACAGAGCCCAGGUUGGUUCGGUCUGAGGUAUGGCGGCAGCCGGCCCUUCCGGGAGCGGGAUGGCCCAGAAGACGUGGGAGAUGGCCAACAACAUGCAGGAGGCACAGAGCAUCGAUGAGAUCUACAAGUACGACCGUAAGCAGCAGCAGGAGAUUCUGGCGGCCAAGCCGUGGACCAAGGAUCACCACUAUUUCAAGUACUGCAAGAUCUCAGCUCUGGCCCUUCUGAAGAUGGUCAUGCAUGCUAGGUCAGGAGGCAAUUUGGAAGUGAUGGGCUUAAUGCUUGGAAAAGUGGAUGGUGAAACUAUGAUAAUCAUGGACAGUUUUGCUUUACCAGUGGAAGGCACUGAGACACGAGUUAAUGCUCAGGCUGCUGCAUAUGAAUAUAUGGCUGCAUAUAUAGAAAAUGCAAAGCAGGUUGGUCGUCUAGAAAAUGCGAUUGGCUGGUAUCACAGCCACCCUGGCUAUGGCUGUUGGCUUUCAGGAAUUGAUGUUAGUACCCAGAUGCUUAACCAGCAAUUUCAAGAACCAUUUGUCGCUGUAGUUAUUGAUCCAACAAGGACAAUAUCUGCAGGAAAAGUAAAUCUUGGAGCUUUUAGAACAUAUCCUAAGGGCUACAAGCCUCCUGAUGAGGGCCCUUCUGAAUAUCAGACUAUCCCACUCAAUAAAAUAGAAGACUUUGGAGUGCACUGUAAACAGUAUUAUGCUUUAGAAGUCUCCUAUUUCAAAUCCUCCUUGGAUCGCAAGUUGCUUGAACUUUUGUGGAACAAAUAUUGGGUGAACACACUUAGUUCAUCUAGUUUGCUUACUAACGCAGACUACACCACUGGGCAAGUAUUUGAUCUAUCUGAGAAAUUAGAGCAAUCAGAAGCCCAACUAGGCCGAGGAAGCUUCAUGUUGGGUUUAGAGUCCCAUGACAGAAAAUCGGAGGACAAACUAGCCAAAGCUACAAGGGACAGCUGCAAGACCACCAUAGAAGCAAUACAUGGAUUGAUGUCUCAGGUUAUUAAGGACAAACUUUUUAAUCAAAUUAACAUUGCUUGAAGUAUAUCACCAACUGAUAUGUAUCUUCAAGAUGGAGAAAGACAUACCUACUUGGACUUGUUCAUUUUGGAGUUGAAGCCAGAAUGGAAAUCUCAGUUAAUUUGCAGUACUUUAAAUCAUCUCUGCCACCUCUUUGCCAGUUUUAAGAACAGUGCUUUAAAAUUGAUUGUAAUCUGUUCUUUACCAUAAAGUUUUGGUUGUUGCUUCAAAAGAACAGGAAAUGUGACUGUUUAUGGAUUAUGGAGGUUUAGAAUUUUAUCUUUUUGUCAAUCUGCAAUAAAAAUCUCUUUAAAACGG